CAUCAUGGCCGACAAAUGUCAAAAUUGUGAAUAGUCAACGCAUUUUUAACCGAUAAGAGACACAGAGACUCAUCAUUUACGAAAUAUUUUCAUUGAGAUUAAGAAGCAAGAAUCCCUGAUCAUUGAGGAAAAACUAUUCAAGAUGAGAGUGAAAGAGAUUGAGCGGACGGCCAAUGUGGCAUGGUCGCCUGCCACACAAUAUCCCAUCUACCUAGUGGCUGGAACAGCAGCACAACAGCUUGAUGCCACAUUCAGCACUUCAGCAGCUUUGGAGGUGUACAGUCUUAACUUGGCAGAUUCAACCCUCAAUAUGCCACUGGUUUCUACUAUCCCUUCAGACUGCAGAUUUCACAAGCUUGUGUGGGGCUCCCAUGGUAUGUCUUCAGAGGAUGGUGGAGCAGGGUUUAUCGUUGGCGGGACAGAUAAUGGAGGUGUGUACUGCUACAGUGCCAGCAAAAUGAUCAAAGGGGAUAAGGAUUGUCUUCAAUUCAAACAGGACAAACAUACUGGCGCUGUCAAGGCUCUUGACUUCAACCCAUUUCAGGCAAACCUAUUAGCAACAGGUGCUUCAGAUUCAGAGAUACACAUUUGGGACCUGAACAAACCUGACAGUCCAAUGACACCAGGUGCUAAAUCACAGGCCAGUGAGUUAGAUGUGACGCCCCCGGAGGAGGUGGCAUGUGUAGCAUGGAAUCAACAAGUCCAGCACAUUCUAGCCUCCACCUUCACAGCCCGCUGUGUUGUCUGGGAUCUCCGCAAAAACGAACCCAUCAUUAAGAUCAGUGAGAGCAUGUCCAGGAUGAAGAGUAAGUCUGUAGCUUGGCACCCAGAGGUUGCGACACAACUAUGUCUGUCAUCUGAAGAUGACCAUACACCUGUGAUACAACUUUGGGAUCUCCGUUAUGCCACAUCUCCAGUUAAAGUCUUUGAGAACCAUAAACGAGGUGUAUUAGAUAUUGCAUGGUGUGCCCAAGAUUCUGACUUGCUUCUCAGCUGUGGGAAAGAUAACAGAAUUCUCUGUUGGAACCCUAAUAGUAACAAACAAAAUGGAGAGGUUGUAUAUGAGGUACCGACAAGUACUCAGUGGAGUUUUGAUGUCCAGUGGUGUCCCAGGAACCCAGGCAUUAUCUCUAGUUCAUCAUUUGACGGUCAUGUGACAAUGUACUCCUUAAUGGGCGGAGGUCAUCCAGUACAGCCAUGCAACAAGGUUGCCGACUCUUUCAAUACCAACGACCCGUUUGCACAGGGAGCUGCCAGUCAGACAUCACAGCAAGGUGACGUGAUGCCACUACAAAAACCACCCAAAUGGCUGCGGAGACCUUGUGGGGCAUCCUUUGCUUUUGGAGGCAAAUUAGUAUCAUUCGAGGGAGCUAAGGCCCUGCCUUCGUCACAACAGCCAGCAUCGCCAAGGGAAGUAUUCAUCAGCCAGGUUGUCACGGAAACAGAUCUGAUCACCUCCUCAUCUCAGUUAGAACAGUCUUUAAUGAAUGGCCAAUAUGUGGAGUUUUGUGCCAUGAAAGCAGCAAACUGCCAAGACAUAAUGCAAGAGAGCAUUUGGAACUUUUUAAGGGUGAAUUUUGAAAAAGAACCACGAGAACACUAUAUACAGUUGCUGGGAUAUGACAAAACAGAUCUGGCUAAAAAGGUGGCACAGCAUGCUUCAGGAGAAGACUUGGGAGUUGGCCAAGGUGUUGAUGCUACCGAGUUGGCACAGAAAAUGUCCCUACUGGACACUGUGGACUUGCAGAGAAGCGUGACAGGUUCUGGGCAGGCGUCUCCUAGUGUUGGCUCUAAGACACCAAUUAGUCGAGAUGAGUUCAACUCGUCAGCGUCAUCUGCAUUUGAUGAAAUAGCUGCACAGAAUAAGAAGACUCCUGGAAGUGCAGAUGAGUUGUCUGCAUUUGAUGACAUAGCAGCACAACAGAAGGCAAAGGAACGACCACAAUCACCUCUUAGUAUACCUACUGAUGCAGAUGCUGAUGGUCUGCUGAGUCAAGCAUUACUAAUGGGAAACUUUGAAGCUGCAGUGGACAUCUGUCUGAGUGAGGAUAAGAUGGCAGAAGCUAUUCUCCUAGCUAUUGCUGGUGGUCCAGACCUUCUUAGCCGUACACAGAAAACAUAUUUCAGGAAAAACAAAAGCAGUCUCGGCAGAUUAAUAUCCUCCGUGGUUACACACAACUGGUCACACAUUGUACAGACAUGUAACCUUGACAACUGGAAGGAGGCAUUAGCUCUCAUACUCACAUACGCAUCCCAGGACGAGUUUGUCUCUCUAUGUGACACACUUGCGACUCGCUUGGAAUCGGAACGGGCCGGUAACCUGUCCAUGUAUGCAAGUCUAUGUUACAUCUGUUCGGGUAAUGUGGACAAACUUGUGGAGAACUGGCACCGUAACACCCAGGCUAACAAUACUCCAAUGGGCCUACAGGACUUGGUAGAGAAAGUAAUGGUACUUAGAAAGGCUGUGGCUUUAUCACGUGGUCAAGAGGAGGAAGUGAGCACUGGUCUCCUGGCCAAUAAACUGAAUGGCUAUGCCAGUCUACUUGCUGCACAAGGAAGCAUGGACACGGCCAUGAGAUACCUCGGCAACUCAACAGAGGUAAAUUUAGCUAUAUUGAAGGACCGUUUGUUUCAUGCACUGGGACAAAGCAGCUAUGGUGUACAAGCCCCUCCCUUCCCCUUCAACAAGGUUAAUGUGGUACCACAGGGUGUGGCCCCUGUACAGGUCCCCACCAACAGAAAAGCUCCGUCAGGCCAGCAUCAGACCUCUCCUAUGUACCAAACUCAGGCAGGAGGAACCUUCAACACCAAUACAACCGGUAGUAAAAGCUACACAGCUCCUAACCAGUACCCCACAUCAUCUCCCUAUGGGACAAUGAAUGGCCAGGCUUCCACAAACCUCGGACAGGGUCAAGGUCAAACCUACGGUGGACAGUUUUACAACCCUAAUUCAAUGGCAUCAACAACGGGAUCAAACGCAGCAUCUGGAGCCAGUGCACCAUCUAAAGGUCCCCUGGCACACAAGUACCCUUCAUACCCACAGCCUGGCUAUGACUCCACUCAACAGUACGGAACUGGCAGCUAUGGCCAUCAGCAGUAUCAACCAACUAGUUACGGCGGCCAGUCCAUGCCUUCAAACGUCCCCUACUAUGGAGACUCGGGGGCAAACCCAGCUGGCUCACAGAUGGUAUCACAGCCGCCUUCCAACAUCUAUAACCCAACCAACAAUGCCAUGACAAGUAUGCCCCAACAUGCUGGAGCCAGUAGUACACUGCCCUCCCAGUCCUCCUUUAUGGACCACAAGCCUGCCACUGCAUGGAACGACCCUCCACUGGUAAAGGACAGAAAACCAAAGCAGUCUGAAAGUCACAGUCAGGCCCCACUUACCUCCCCUCUAUACGGUGCAACACCCGAGGCCAACAAUCAGCCUGCCAUGCCUGCAGACCAAGGACCUCCAGGGGCCCCAAUGAACUACUCAAACCUGUAUAACCCACAGGAACAUCAAAGAGAGGUUCAGGCUCCUCCUUCAAAUACAAGCGUCCCAGAACCAGUGCAGCCUCCUGUGGCUAAACAACCUAUACCCUCAGAACAUCAGGUGCUGCAGGACAUAUUCGGUUCCCUAGUCAAAAAUUGUUCUUCUGUUGCCUCAAAUGCUCCCAUGAAGCGGAAGUUAGAAGAUGUAAACAAAAAAUUAGAAAUACUUUAUGACAGACUACGUGCUGAAAUGUUAUCCCAGAAUGUGUUACUUGGACUGCACCAAAUCGUCCAGGCAAUACAACAGUAUGACUACAAUGCUGGAAUACAGGUUUAUACUCAAAUGGUUAGUCAAGGAAACUUCUCUGAAAUCAGUAGCUUCAUGCCUGGACUCAAAAUGUUACUCCAGUCUGCCAUGCAGAUGCAAGUGUACGUGCAGACCCAAUGAUGAUUGCCUGACGUAGACUGAGAAAUAUUUGACACGAUGAACAGAGAGUGGAAAUAGACAGUAUAAUAACCCAGACUCAAGGAUAUGUGUGAUAUUUAAUUUAAUACUGAUUAUUGCUGGAAAACAAUUUUUAUUCGUGACCUAAAAUUUGGAGGGAAAUUUCUAGUGAUUAAUCGACAGAUUUUGUCUGUUUUUGCAAUACAGGAAUGUUUUUGAUUAUUUUUUUCAAUAUUAUUUUCUUACAAUUGCACGCUACCAAAGUAUAGUUAGUACAGUAUUAGAAAUAAGAUAUAAUGUAUAAAAAGAAAGUACAAUGUAAUGGCUUCUGGUGUCUUAUGAAAGAAUUUUUGAUUCAGUUGAAUUUUAUAAGAUUUCGAAAACAAAUUUUGCUGCUAGAUAUCAAACUGCUUUUGAACCAUAUACAUUAUAUAGGUUUUUGUAACCAUCAAGGAAAAUCAUGACAUAAAUUUUAGUCACCUACUGGUAUACCAAAGGGUAAGUGUACACUGCCUCUCUAAGUCAAGAGUCCUCCAUUUUGUUCAUAGCAUAUCUACAAUUAUCAGACUCUGUAUGUUGGAGUAUUAUACACUGAAAAGUCAGGUUUAAACAUUAACAAAGUUAUGGCAUUUUAUCCACUGUUUAUUGCUUUGUCUGGAGUUUUCUGAGACAGUUAUCAAGCUUUAUAAGUACCUCUUGAGCUGGUGACAUGUUGCUAACUAUAAAUCAUCUUGCACAUUACUAAAAGCAGUGUUGGAGUAUAUUCAUUUUUUUAUCAUAAUGUCUAUUGCAUAUCUCGUAAACUCAAAUUUUGCAUGUGAGAACCACUGUUUAAUUAAUUAUAAAGGAUGUUUGGGUUUUACAUCUCCUGUCACACAAAAUACAGAGUUAUCGCCCUUCGUUCAUCACUUGUCAUAUUUUCUGUGCAUAAUGAUUUUACUCUUUCACUUGGUCACCAAUGAUUUAUGCGAGUACCUCUUCUGAUGAAUCGUACAUGAGACAAGUUCUUGUACAAGACUAUACCACUGUAUACAGUCUCGUUGUGGCCCUUUGUUUUUGUCUGAUACUAUCCACAAAGUGCGGACCAUAGACUUCUCACAAUUCUUUGCUUUAAAUGAUAAAUUUAAUGAAAAGAUUCAAUUUUGCAGCACAAAGUAAAAUAAACUACAUAAAUUAAGCAAAUGCUAAAGGUUGUACAUUAAAUUUCAUUUGCAAAUUAUUCAUUAAUCAACAUAGAUAUGGGAUGAGGAUAUGCAUUCGGUUAUAGUUACAGCCAUCUUAAUCUUGAUGCAUCAUUUAAAGCAACUAAAAACACCAUACAUGUAAAUGGUCUCAGAUGAGCAAACUAAUUUAAAAGUCUAGUAAAAUUUCAUUUAAUAAAAAAGAAUUGUGGUAAUAAUUUAAGUAAAAUGAAAUAAGCAUCAUGCAUAUUUAUUUUUAUAGAGAAUAUACAUUUCUUUAUGUGUAGAGUGAUCAUUUGUAUUGUCAGAAAUAGAGGUAAAUUGAUAUUGAUAUACCAAGAUUAUUGUCAGCUUUAAUAAUAAUAAAGGUUUUUUUCUUUUCUUUUUUUCUAAUAUCUUUAAAAGAUGAUAUAUUUAAAAAUUUGUUUUAGAGAAUGAUAUUGCAAUUACUGCUAAUUUAAUCCAUUCAGAUGUUCUUAGUUGCUUUAAAAAUUACCAUGAUUGUCUUGUGAACCAUUUACUGGUUUCAAGACACUGCAGUGCAUCAGCUCAUUACAUAUCAGUCAUUUCAAAUCACAAUUUAUUUAUUGAAUUUGUUUUAAUAAAUAUUUUUUGUAUAUGAUUUUUCAGGAAAAUUAUCUGUGUUCAGUAUGUUACAUACAUGUUUGGUAUAGGUUAAAAAAUAAUUUGUCAAACAGGUUAUUUAUAUACUAAUCCAGUAUUUAACAGAUUUUUUUUCUAUAUAAAUCUCAAUGGGAUUAUCUUUGUUUAUGUUUGUUACUGGGAGGGGGAGUAUCAACAUAUAGGAUGUUAAAUGAGUUUCUUUAUUGUGAUUCAUCAAAUGAGUCUUGAAUUUCAUAUGAAUUUAAAAAAAUAUUGAAACAAGCUUUCACAAAUCUUGCAUGAAAUGAAAGAGAUCUUAUGAUUAUAUUGAUAAUGUGUUGUAGUGCUCUUAUUUGCAUGAUCACUCCAAGGCACUUGACUGUACAGCAGUAAGUCUUGACCUAGUUCUAACACAUUAAGCACAUCCAAAUCGAUUGCAGUUCAGUUGAAAUGCUUACAAGUGUUAAUGCUUUGUCAUGAAAGAUUUGAUAUGUUGGCCCCUGGAUUUAUCAUAGGAUCAAUAUAGUAUUAUUCAUAUCAAUUAAUAUUUCUAGAGUUACAGUACAAAGCAUAUACAAUUUGAAAGUAGAGGUUUAUAAGGCAGAAAUAUAUUAAAACUGUAAUAUGCUUGGAUAUGCUGUUCAGCAUGUGAACAUUUAUGAAACACUAAAUAGAUCUGUUAUCAAGAUUCCACAGAUUUGGCUUUUCCUUUAUAGUGAAUGGAAAAUUUGAUAUUUGGAUUAGAUUUUGGCAUGAAUCUGAAAUGCAAUGUUUAUGUACUUCUAUAUUAAUACAAGAUCAUUUGACAGUAUUAUGAGAACACAACAGUGUUGUCAUUUUAUCUAAAUGGCAAAGUGGUUAUUGUAUCAAAAUGGUGAUAAAUGAAAUAAUGUAGUUAUUAGCUAAUUGUAAAAGCUGAAGGUAAAGUCUGUGCCAUUUUUAUAUCAAUUCAUCAACUUUAUAGUGCAUGAAUUAUUACUUUAUUUGUGAAGGAAAUUUAAUUUUAUGCAGAAAAAUAAGACCUAGGUGUUCAAAUUCAAAUAUUUCAUAUAGAAUUGAACUUUAAAAUGAAAUUGAAAUUUAGAAUUAUCUCAUUGAAAUAAAACCUAAGUAUUAAUGAAAUCAGUGUGAAUAUUUGACAAGUUUAUCUAUUCUUUACUGCCUUGUCAUGCUUAAUUUGGAAGAAAAAUGCUCUAUAUAGUCUUGUGAAAUAUGUCUUUAAAGUACUGUGCAGGAACUCGCAGGAAGUCCAAUGCGUAACGGUCUUCACUGUAUAUUUCAUUAUAAUGAUAUCAAGUCCAAGUUGAUAUUUUAAAGAAAUGAUGGUAUCAUUUGCCAGUAUUGUGUAUACAAUUGUACAUAGUAAGUUAUAUUUUAAUGCGUAACUGUUCUAUGCUUUAUCAGAUAGGCUAGUUAGUAAAAUGGCUGUUAAUUAAGAAUGUUUGUUGUGGGAAUAUGUGUUUGUUAAUGUUACCAUUGGGGCCACUGCCUUUAUGAGGUUGAAGCAUUCUAUUUUUUUCAUCCCAAAAAAAAACAAGGUGUUAUGAUGUCUCCAUUUAAUAUUCUUUUAAAUGACUGUGCAGUUUUAAUAUUUAUGCUGUUGUUGAUGUUUUCUAAUUUCGAAUUUUGUUACAAGUUGUUUCAAAAUUGAUUUUGUCAAAUUGUUAUUUUUUGCAUUUUGACCACGACGUUGAUCCAACCACAUAAAGGCUUCCCCAGGUGAAUGUGCUGUGAGAGCUUUGUAUGCUGUAUUAUUGAUGUAGUACCUAGCGGUACAGAAAUUACAUGUGAUAUGUAUGCCUGUCAAUCUAAAUGAGAAAAUAUAAUUAUGAUUUCAUCCGA